GUAUAAAAUCUCACAAACGCAAAUAUAUUAAUCUGCCUCGGUAGCAUUGUUAAUUAAUCCCAUCUAAGUAAUUGACAAUAAGAACAGCUGAUUAUAAAAAACAUAAAAACGGACAUUACAAAUAAUGGAAGGAAUUGUUGUCAGAUUAAUAAUAAAAGCACCGAAUCAGCAGAUUAAAGAUCAAAUCGUAAAUUGUGACAUUGGAUGGACUGUUGGCCAAUUAAAAGAUCAUUUAACCGGUUAUCCUAGUAAACCAGAACGAGCAACCCAGAAACUCAUAUAUUCAGGACAAUUAUUAAAUGAUUCUAUGUGUUUGAAAGAUGUAUUAAGGCAUUGUAAUGGACAAGAAGAUCAAGCUUAUAUAGUUCAUUUAGUCUGUGCUUCGCAAAAAAUAUCUAUAAAUAAAAUAACUGAUCAAGUUAUAGAAAACACAAAUAUUUCUAGUGCAAGAAGUACAGUAGAACAUAACAGAUUAAAUAAUACAAAUAGUAUUCAAAAUCAAAGUCAACAUAUUAAUAAUAUUGCUAUGCAACAUACUCCAGCACAAUUAUAUUCUACACAACAAUAUUUUGAUCCACGAAAUAGUCAACAAAUGGCUUGGAUGCAACAAGCAUAUACACAUUAUUUUACACAAUAUAUGCAAUUAAUAGCAGCACAAGGAAUACAAUUACAGACUAGCAUUCCAUAUGUUCAGCAAAUGAAUAUCAAUACAAAUGAUGGUGUUCAAAAUUCAUAUACAAAUAACACAAAUAUUAAUAGUAGUAAUAACAACAACAACAACAACAAUAAUAAUAAUGUAGGUGAUGAACAACAACAACCUGCUGUUCAAGAAAUUGAUGUUAAUGCAGGAAAUAAUGGUGCUGGAGAAGAUGGUGCAUUUAAUAGAGAUUGGCUAGAUGUUUUUUAUAUGCUAUCCAGAAUUAUUGUUUUUAGUAUGGUAUAUUUUUAUUCAUCCCCUCUAAGAUUUCUUAUUGUUACAUUUCUUGGCUUUGCAAUGUAUCUAUUUCAGGGUGGUUUCUUUCGAGUUCAACCUAUUCUUUUACCUGAAAAUAAUAAUGGUAGAGGAGAUCGGGUAGAUAAUAAUAAUCAAAUGUUACAGAAUGAAGCAAUAGGUCCUGAACCUGUACCACAGCAACAAAAUGGUCAAGUACCAACUGUACAAGCAGAAGCAAGAACAAAUGCAAAUGAAGAACAUGAAGAAGAAAGACCUGGUGCACUUGCUUUUACAUGGACAUUUUUCAGUACAUUUUUUGCUUCACUUAUUCCAGAUCAACCAAAUGUUAUUUAAUUUUAACAAAUUUAUAACAUUCAAUCUUAUUGUAAAGUUAAUUUUUUUUUUCUAUACAUACUUUCAAAAGAAAAUCAUCAAACCUAAUGAGGUAGUCUCUUUUUACAUGUAUAUUUAGUGAAUAUUGAUAUUAAAAAAAACUU